UUUUCACUUUUUUCACUCUCUCCGGCAGUGGACGGCUCUACCGCCUCAGGGUCUCCGCUUACCUCAGAGUCUCUGCUUACCUCAGGGUGACUGGGAUUCCGGUCUUACCUUGUACCUUACCAUCCUCAGCUUUCCUGUUCUGCUUGAUUGUUCUUCAGAUUCGCCUUCUCCUGUGGAUCAACCCCAGAGACCUCAAUCUCCUCCGUGGUGUUGGGCUUGGUCUUGGCCUCCAUUUUAGUCUUUCAGGAUGGAGAGCAGCAGCGCCUCUAAUGCCACCUCCAAUGUCGAGUUUAUUGUGGGAGGGAAAUAUAAACUGGUGCGGAAGAUCGGGCGCGGCUCCUUCGGGGACAUUUAUCUAGCGAUCAACAUCACCAAUGGCGAGGAACUGGCAGUGAAGCUAGAAUCGCAGAAGGCCAAGCAUCCCCAGUUGCUGUAUGAGAGCCAGCUCUAUAAGAUUCUUCAAGGUGGUGUUGGCAUCCCCCAAAUACGUUGGUACGGUCAGGAAAAAGACUACAAUGCGCUAGUCAUGGAUCUUCUUGGACCCAGUCUAGAAGAUCUUUUCAAUUACUGUUCAAGAAGGUUUACAAUGAAAACUAUACUAAUGUUAGCUGACCAGAUGAUCAGUAGAAUUGAAUAUGUGCAUUCAAAAAAUUUUAUACAUAGAGAUAUUAAACCAGAUAACUUCCUGAUGGGUAUUGGGUGCCAUUGUACUAAGUGUUUAGAAUGUCCAAUGGGGAAGAGGAAAAGAGAAAUGGCUGCUGGUUCUUUACAGGGGGCAUCUUUCUUAGGAUUAAACCAAUUAUACCUUAUUGAUUUUGGUUUGGCCAAAAAGUAUAGAGAUAACAGGACCAGGAAACACAUACCAUACAGAGAAGAUAAAAAUUUUGCUGGCACUGCUAGAUAUGCUAGCAUCAAUGCACAUCUUGGUAUUGAGCAAAGUCGCAGAGAUGACAUGGAAUCUUUAGGCUACCUUUUGAUGUAUUUUAAUAGAGCCAGCCUGCCUUGGCAGGGACUAAAGGCUGCCACAAAGAAACAAAAAUAUGAAAAGAUUAGUGAAAAGAAGAUGGCCACUCCUGUUGAAGUCUUAUGUAAGGGGUUCCCUGUAGAAUUUAGCACGUAUUUAAACUAUUGUCGUGGACUGCGCUUUGAAGAAACCCCAGAUUACAUAUAUCUGAGACAGCUCUUCCGUAUUCUUUUCAGAAAGCUGAACUACCAUUAUGACUACGUAUUUGAUUGGAUAGUAUUAAAGCAGAAAGCCUGUACACAGCAGGCAGCCUCUUCAACUGUGCAGGGUCCACCGCCCCAACCUCCUCCAGGUUUCUGUUAAUGGUGGGAGGAAUGGAAGUAGAACAGGUGAUCCUAGCAAGAUUUGUUCCUCCCCAAAUCUUGAAGUUUUAGUUCAGAUACACACAUGCCAGAGGUUAUUAUAAAAAUGGAAUAAUUUACUAGUAUGGGGAAACAAUAUUUACUUGGUGUAAAUAAUUUAAUUUCAGUAUAAACUAGUUUUGUGCUUCAUUAGUGAUGCCGUGUCUUGAGCUGUAGGCACUGUAAUUGUGAAUAUUAACUGAAAUAGUGAAACAUGGUUUCCUGUUGUCUAUUGUAUUUUUUCAAGUGGUUGACAAAUUGGUGGAGAAAUUGUGAGUGUGCCGAUAUUUUGUUAAAACCUUUUAUUUUGAACUCUAAGAACUUAUUUCAGAAGAAUGGUGUCAAUAGUCACAGCCACAGCUGUGAUGGUUGUAAAAGCUCACACUUGUACAUUCUCAGGGUUUAUCCCUCCUUGGGGUUUUCAACUUGUUCACUUAAAAACAUUCUUAAAAUAGUUGGCUUUUUGUUUGCAAGCAAGCUAAUAUAGUCACAACUUAAGAUUCCAGGGUUAGAGCAUAUAUGUAAAACUCUUGAUUGCUUACCUGUACUAGAAAUGACAGCAUCUAAAGUGAAUACUUAAGAAAAACUUAGCAACUGUUAGAUUAUCUUUAGAAUUCUGUAUUAAUUUUAUAUAAUGUUCUUGGUGUUUUUAAAAAAGCGUAUUUGUCACAGAAAUUUAGUUAACAUUUUACAACUGAACAUGUGUGUAUAUUGCUUGGAUACAUGUAAUCUCUGAAUAUCUAUGAGAUAAUGGAAUUUUGGUUUUCUUUGGAACAAUGGAGCAUGUAUGUACUUCUGCUUGGCUACAUGUAAUCUCUGAAGAUCUAUGAGCUAUGGAAUUUUGGUUUUCUUUGGGACAACUGAACAUGUAUGUAUGUUGCUUGUAUACAUGCAAUCUCUGUGAAUAUCUAGGAUAUAUGGAAUUUUGUUUUUCUUUGUAACAACUGAACAUAGGUACUUUUGCUUGGAUAUAUGUAAUCUCUGAAGAUCUAUAAGAUAUGGAAUUUUGGUUUUCUUUGGACAGCUGAACAUGUAUGUAUGUUACUUGGAUACAUGCAAUCUCUGUGAAUACCUAGGAUAUAUGGAAUUUUGUUUUUCUUUGUAACAACUGAACAUAGGUACUUUUGCUUGGAUAUAUGUAAUCUCUGAAGAUCUAUAAGGUAUGGAAUUUUGCUUUUCUUUGAGACAGCUGAACAUGUAUGUAUGUUACUUGGAUACAUGCAAUCUCUGUGAAUACCUAGGAUAUAUGGAAUUUUGUUUUUUUUUGUAACAACUGAACAUAGGUACUUUUGCUUGGAUAUAUGUAAUCUCUGAAGAUAUAUAAGAUAUGGAAUUUUGCUUUUCUUUGGGACAGCUGAACAUGUAUGUAUGUUACUUGGAUACAUGCAAUCUCUGUAAUUAUCUAUGAGAUACGGAAUUUUGUUUUUCUUUGGAGCAACUGAACAUAUAUGUGUUUUUGCUUGGAUACAUCUAAUCUCUGAAGAUCUAUAAGUUACGGAAUUUUGUUUUUCUUUGGAAACGUGUACUUUUUGUUUACAAGUUUGUUAAAAUUUAAAAACUGGAAAAAAAGUUAUUCGAGUAAAACAUGUUAGUGUUGUGCAUCAAACUGUUUGUAAUUCUUUGUUAUUUGUAUAUGCCAGAACAAUGGUGACUGCCUAAAGAGAACACUCUAAAUCAUUUGAUCAAAUCAAUAAAAAGGCAACCAAAUAAACUUU